AUGGAGUCCGAGGGUGAGAUGACCAUUGGUAUCUCCAGCUACGCCCAGGAGAAUCUGGGUGACGUGGUGUACGUCUCUCUCCCGCAGGUGGGCGAUACUGUCAAGGCGAAGGAUGUCGUAGGCGAGGUGGAGAGCGUAAAGGCCACGAGCAAUGUGUACUCCCCGGUUGACGGCACCAUCACCGCCGUGAACGAGAAGCUGAAAGACCAGCCGGGCCUCGUCAAUCAGUCUCCUGAGGAGAAGGGCUGGCUGAUCAAGGUGAAAUGCUCUGAGAUUCCCAAGGGCCUCAUGGACGAGGCGGCGUACAAGAAGUUCCUCGAGUAG